AUGGCAUGCAGCGCAUGUUCAGGUCUAAACGAGAACAGACCCAAAGCAGAGCCUAGCAGCUUCCAUACCGAUAUGCGGCACGUCAAACUAUUGGCAGCAGUUUCAGCAGAAAAUCUAUCUGCAUUAGAACUGGUAAAAGCAUUCGUGGGUGCUGAGGCGGCACCAGCAGCCUUAACAGAUGCGAUCAAGGAAAAGCGGUGGUUGAAAACAGUUUUCCAAGAGAUGGAAGAAUGGCUAAGACCACCUACCUUGUUCUUGGCUUCUGUCUUAGCAGCUUUU